CAACAGCUUCCAAGCUUCAGUGUAUCAUAACACAGUGUGUUGUGAACAUGUAUCUCGUGUUAAUCAUCUGCCUUGCAGCAUCAGUUGUGGCUCAAGACGAGUUCUUGUACACACCUAAGGUUCGGAAUAUUGAAUGUGGAGCUAACGAAGUGUACGAGUGUAUAUAUUCUUGUCCCCCUCAACCAAUAUGUAACACCAGAUAUGAGAACGUGACCUGUUUGACGACGGUAGGAGAAAACUGCUCGCACUGGUGUAUCUGCGUGCCCGGUUACAUUAGAACCACUCUGGGAGGUGAAUGUGUACCAGAGAGCUAUUGUGACUCGUGUGGCCUACACGAAUACUACGCAUGUGGUCCCCCCUGUGACACAAUGUGCCCCACCUUGUAUAACGGUACUGACUGCAACUAUACCGAGUGCAUGACUUCGUGCUACUGUGAAAAUGGAUACGCGAGAAGCGAUUCUGGAAGAUGUGUACUUUUUGAGCAUUGUCCGCGUCCAUACUGUUCAGAGUUUGAAGUAGCUACGAAUUGUGAGCGUGUUUGCUUGAACGAAACCUGUGCCGGAAUUGGGGGUCCAAACACAUGCAUUGAGGGACCCUGCGCACCGGGGUGCGAUUGCAAACCUGGAUUUUAUAGGGAAGAGGAACGUGGACCGUGCAUACCACUGUGUGAAUGUCCAGAGAAAAGAAAUUCAGACGAAUGUUUGAAUCAAACAGGAGAAUUUUGAUGAUGUUUUAGAAUGACCUACUACUUUAAUUAUCUAAGUUCCUACUACUUACCUAUAUUUUAAUCAAUUUCAACUUAAUUUUGUAAACAAACUUUAAACCGUUUUUAAAUUUAUGUAAAUUCUUUUUUUUUUAAUAUGUAAAGUCUUUUGUGGUAAUACUGGUAGUUUAUCAUUUACUCAAAAAUGUUUUGAAUUUAGAAUUAAAGGCACAGAUAGUAUAAAUUAGUACCUACCUUCUUAUUAGGUACUUAUAUGCACCUCUGGCCUCUCCUUUCAAGGAAUAAAGAGUAGUAUUAUCAGUAGUAGUUAUUAUUCCACUUAUCAAUUAAUUAAUUAGAUGCUACAAACUAAUGUCUGGUUUGCUAUGAUAUUAGUUACUAUAAUAAAUAAACUGUUACAUGCCUAUUAGGUCGAUUGUUAUCUGCAUGAUAAUACAUAGUAUAAUGCAUAUUG